GACUAGAAGUAAAGGACGUUUUCCCCUUCCUCCGCUCUCACAACCCAUCUCCUCGCCCCUUCCGAGUAACUUCGCCAUAUUCGGCGGUGGAACUCCAUUUCGGAGCUUCAACAUCAAACACCAGUUCUGGGCUUCAGCAAAGGUAAAAUACCAGUUCUAGACUGCAUGUUCGUCCAAUAAAAAAGCCCUAACGGUGCCAAUUCGCGCUUCCUGGAUUCCACUCCACCAAUUUCUGAUUUUAGUCAUGGAAGAACAAUUUAUUCUGAGAGUUCCACCUUCUGUUGCUGAGCGAAUUGACCGCCUUUUGAGUGAAAAUGCUUCUUCUUCAGAAGACAAACUGGAUUUGUCUUUUUCUGAAUUAUACCUUGAAUGCUUGGCUUCUUGUACUUACUUUAUCAAAAGAAAAGGAUCAAAAAAGGAAAAAGCUUGGCUUCUUAUUGAUUUUGUGACAUUACCAUUCUUUUCUGAAGGUGAGGAUGGAAAGACUGGCACUUUUGUCAUAGGAGAUGAGCACUUUCCUGCAUCACUGUUGAAUCUUCCUUGCAUAGUGGAGUCAUAUAAAACUUAUGAUGACAGCGUGCUCAUUAAAACAGCAGACGUUGGUCAAAUGAUUAUGGUGAGAGAAGAAGGUGAUCCUGCUCCAGAUGUGGUGGAAUAUAGACAUGGCCUCACACCUCCAAUGAGAGAUGCUCGAAGGCGAAGAUUUCGGAGAGAACCAGAUCUUAAUCCUGAGCUUGUUCGGCGCGUUGAGAGAGACUUGCAGAACAUAAUGGCUGGUGGAACAGCUGAGAAUAUUGAUAUAGAAGUUGCUGAGCAAGAGGAAGGAGGUGAAGCAAGUGCACGCCAUGUGAAUAAGAAAGUGGCGCAACCUGCAACGAAGCCUGACAUUACUGAGCCUGGGACUGCAGGUGAGGAUCCUGACAGAACUGAAUCUGAGGAUUCUGAUGAUUCAAUAUAGCCGAGGACAUUUUUCAGCAAGCAAAGGUUAUAUAGCUACAAAAGCUGUUGGUUGGCAAGUUGCAACCAAGUCUCUGCCAUUAGCAUAGUCUACUUCAUGGUUAAUAGCCCUUGGAACUUGAUAGAAAUUUUAGCUCGUGUAUUUACAGUUUGCUUAUCGAUUCUAGGCUUGGACAUCGCCGGCAAUAUAACAAUUUGCAAUAUCUACUUGAGAGACCUUAGACGCUUGCAAAUUACAUUUUGUACAAUGAUGGUCUGUCUCCUGUUAAAUAUAUUGAAUUUGCUUAGUUUGUUCUAAGAA